GCACCGCACUCAAUCGCUCAUCCAAAUCCACCCUUAGUCACCGGGCGGAGCGCACCUUUGGUACUUCAGUAGGGCAAGCUGUUUGAUAGUUCUUCUUUCGUUUGCUAGGGCGACGAAAGGCUACUUCAAUCUAGGAAACAGCCGGAAACUCGAGAGGGUCGACUUUGGAAGCGUUCGCCGGUAACCAAAGCGUCACUCCCUCCUUUUGAUUAUGUCGUGACGCUGACUGAAUCCAAUCCAUAACCCCGGAAACGAAACAAAGUUCGUUCCCUUUCGUCAAGUAGGCAUACGAACCACUUACUUUUGCUUUGCCUUAGACUCUAUUAGAAUAAAGCAAAGAAAGAGGCAGAAUGGAGAAAGGAAAGGGACAAGGGCGGUCUUGCUUGGCGCGAAGGCUGCUGGUUUUGAACUUGCUUUUGUUAUGGAUCUUUUGAGUUUCUGAAAAUGGGUAUAAUUUUAGAUUAUUCAAAGUUUUUGAGUUUGAAACUUGUAGAAAUGCGAAAACUAUGCAGGGCAACCCAGUUGCUGUUCUUGGACAGUCAAUAUCUUUUGGGAGAUUUAUGUCAGAUCAGUCCUUAGCUUGGGAGAAACAGUCAACUUUUUCUCACAAAAAAUAUGUAGAAGAGGCUCAGAGAUAUGCUAGACCCGGUUCAGUUGCUCAAAAGAAAGCUUUCUUUGAAGCUCAUUACAAGACCCUUGCAGCUAGGAAAGCACUGCUUGAGCAAGCCAAAGCUAAUGAAGGUAUGGUUCAGGAUAUUGGAACCCAAGUUUCAGAGAUAAUGAACUCAAGCUCUCAAAUGGCAGCCCUUGGCCAUGAAGAAACUGGCUCCAUUUAUGAUGGUAAAGAGAAUAAUAACUCGGAUUUUGUCGAGUUUGAAAGCAGCUUAGUGGAAGGAGCUGACUCAGUUGGUGAACACAAUGUUCUUGUGGAAAUUAAUUUGAAGAAUGAAGCUGAAAUUAAAGAUUUGGAGCUUAGUGAAGCAACCCAUGUGGAGAAUCUCGAGAAGAAGGUUAACCAGUCGAGAAAGCUUGAGGAAGGAAUGGAAUUGGAGCUCAGUGAAGAAACCCAGAUGGAGAAACCUCUACUUAAGGUGUCAAGUUAUGGAAGAAGAACCAAAGUGCCAUCUUCAUCUGCUAUUCGUCCCAACAAAGGGAAUAAUGUCACUCCAAUGUCCAACAAGUCUGCAAUGAAGAUUUCUGAUAGAAAGAGAUCAACUCCAAAAUCAAGCCAUAAGUUUAUCAACUCCACCCCUGCAAAAGAAAUCAGUAGAUUAACUUCCACCAUUAUUAGAAAGAUAGAUGGUUCUAGAAUUGCUUCCAAUUUUAAACCAUCUAAAGAAUGCCCCACGCCUUUAAGGACUUCAAACAUGGCCUCUACAAGUGGAAGACCAAAGCAGUCCUUAGCCACUCCAUGGUUGGAAAAUAGAAGUGCUAGAACGCCCUUUAAUUCCUCAGCCAGUGUGAGCAAAACAUCUCGUGGAAAAUGGAACCUUCUUCCAACAGAAGGCUGGAAGAGAAAUUCAAUGCAAGUCAAGAACAAAAAGUAGAGCAGCAAACGACACUCAAGAAAAAAAGCUGAAACAGAACUGAAGAAACUACGUCAAGUCUAGACCAAUUCCAGAUUUUUAUAAAGAAAGAAGGAACAAUUAAAGAUGAAAUGCAAA